AUGCGGUAUCCUGCCGCCUAUAUUAUGUUCAUCUCAACUUGGGCUUGCUUAUUUGCUGCUUCAUUGGCAAGUCCUGUCGGUCUCUCGCUCCGAAAAACCUCAUCUUGCCCCAGUUCUCACAGGUGGUAUGUAAAGGAUGGGGCAGACUUUCCAGGGAAAUGUGUCCCGGUCUCCGACCUAGACCAACAAGCCGGGACGUCAAAAAUACCGAAUAUAGAGAGACAGCGGGAGCGGUUAAUUGGUCGGAAGGGACCAUCCCAAAACAAGUCCAAAAGGAACCGAAUACUGCUUGGUAGCGAUGGAGAGAAACGACAAAUGGUCGAAGAAGAACCUCCGUGGGAACGCGACCCGCUUUCUUUCUUCACUGAUUUUCUUCCUACCAGCUUGACUGGGUUUCCUGGUCCUCCUCAAUUUACCACAACACUCACCGAGGAUCCUUUUGAAGAGCCGUUUCCGAGUUCCGCCAUAACAUCUGUAACCAUAACGAUCACCGAUGCACCUGCAAUUACUUCUUCUCUGCGUACUUCCGUUGCUUUGUCCACUCCUCUUCCUACCAAAGCCCCGGAGGAUUCGGAAAGGUCUAAGCCGGACGCCGGUCCCAUUAUCGCUGGUUGUUCCAUUGGAGGGAUUGCGCUUAUUGCCAUCCUCUACCUCGCCUUCGUGGCCUGGAGACGUUCUCGGAAUAAUAAAAGAGAAGCUGAACUGAACGCACCACCUCCGCCAUAUGUUCGUCAUCCCUUGAGUGAAGGGGGAGGUCCGCAAACAGGAUUUGUAGCGCGUGAGGUCACACAAGAAAUUUAUCCCCCUAUACAGGCGCGUGAUGGCUGGUGGACUCGAGACUCUGGCUUAGAAAGCCCACCAGAUGACGUGUUGGGACAAUCCCAGCCUCAGCAGCGUCGUAUAUCAAGCCGCUAUUAUGCUGCAAUUGUUCCCACUGAUAUCGAUUCCAAUGAUUCCAACAACUGCUCGACGCCCCAGUUAAAUUCACCAAAUACUAAAAAUCGGAGUGUAGCUCCGAAUACGCAAACAUUCAAUCCCUCGGAGCCGUUUACCAAUCUUGAAAUUGUUACAGAAGAAUCGUCCCAUAGCAAUCUUCUCCCAACAGCUCCAGGGGCACCCCAUGAAUCAGCAGAAGCAAGAGCAGCAGGACAACGAACUAGCUAUAGAUCCCGGCGUGAUUCCAGAGAUGUCGUCCGUCGUAGUCUCUUCGGCUCUUUAAGCAGUGUAAACAGCGAUACCGGCCCGGAGCAAGGAACCACUGGUGACCACUGGCAGCAGGUCUCAUAUCAAACCCCCACAAAUUCCGACGGACACCUCGAUGUCUCUCCCAUCGAACCAACCGAUAUUGAUCGUUUUCCAUUAAGUAGGCGGAGGAGAAGCCCGCCACUAUCAAUCGGUACGGCCACAACGGUGGCCUUCAAAAUAUCCGCCCCAAUUCACCUGUCUCAGAAAAGAGCUUUGAAGAUUCGCCGGGCCCACCUAUGCUGGGCACGAGUGCUCCUCGAUGAGGUCCUCCAGAGUGAAGUUUCCAUUUAG